CUUGACCAAUGGAGAAAAUAACGCUUACGUUUGUGCUUUAGAUCUCAGAAGAGAGACGCUACGCUCCCACCACCAGCAACCCUCUCUCACCCCCUUCUCACAAACGCAAACAGAAAGAGAGAAGACGAAGAAGAAAAAAGAACGCACGCACUCCUUUACAUUCCAAGGGACGCCCGAUACGACGUCGUCUACCUUUGGCCAACCCUUAAUCCAGGAUAAUAAGGUAUAGAAAUGGUUUCCAAGGCUUGGGUGCGGUGAUUGUUGCUGUUACAGUGGGGAGCAAUAACGGAGUGGAUCGCAGAGUGGAUCGGAAAAUGGACAGAAGUAAGAGCCGUACCGAUCUACUCGCAGCCGGAAAGAAGAGGCUUCAACAAUUCCGUCAGAAGAAGGACGGUAAAGGUGGUAGUAGCCGUGGGAAAUCAAAAAAAUCUGAUAAAAAUCUAAUACCUGAGGACGACACUGAUGGACAAAGUAGUCCUUCUAUGUCAACAACAUCAUCUCAGGUUACAGAUGGAAAUGUUGAAACUGACAAUGAGUCUAAUGCCGUUAGCGCGGAAUUAUUAGAGUCCCAGUCUUCACCAAACUCAUUAACUCUUGACAAUCUUGAUCCAUCUGCUGAUUCAUCACCACUGACUAUUACAAAUACUAUAGAUGAGGAAACAGAAUUGGAUUCUGGUAGAAAGACAGCCCUUGCAGUUCAGGAGGGCCGUGAGGUUGAUUCUGAGCUGUCUUCCCAAGAUCAAGGGAAACGUGCUGAGUAUGUUGGUGCUGAUGUGGCUGAGGAUGUUUCUUUGCGAACUUCAGACGACCAGAAAGAUCUGGAAUUGGAUAGAAGGCCAGGUGCCGAGGCUCAGGAGGUCAGUAAGGAAGAUUCUGAGUUGUCUUUCCACGAUCAAGGGAAAAAUGCUCAGAAUGUUGGUGCUGCUGUGGCUGAUGAUAUAUCUUUGAAAACUACAGAUAGCCUGGGUCCUGAAGGUGGACCAACUUAUGAUCAUGAGUCUGCACCUGCCAUUGUUGCAACUGCAGUUGGCGAGCCUGUUCCAGUCACAGCAGAGGGUGAUAGCAGGGAAGUAUCCUUGCUUUUAUCUGAAGAUACGACCAUUACAUCCUUGAUGCAAACAAGGGAAGAUAAGGUAACCAACUUAGGGGCAAUGCAGGAUGCUGAUGGUUUGGAUACAAAGAAAUCUGGUCAAAGCACUGAUGUGGAGGAGGAAUUUCAUAAAACAGAACAACUGGGCAAGUCAGUUGAAGUUGUUUCCUCCCCUAAAGACAUUAUGCCAGAUAAACAUUUGACUUCUAAUCAAGGGCAGGGAGAUGAUAUUGCAACUGGUGGUCCUUCUGUGAAGAAUCUGGAGGGAGAAAUAUUAUCAGGUUCAUCCCAUGAAGAAAUGCAUCUUCAGCCUAUUCAAGAACAGAUUGUUGAACAGGUUCAUAGUGGACAUGGCAGAGGACUUCAGGAGGAGCCUUAUCAGCAAAGCACUCCCGUUGGAUCUAUAGCUCUGGAUCCAAAUCAUGAGUUGUCAAUGGGAGAUGACGCGGUUAAUUUGGCCAGGCCAGUGGAUGCCUCUCAUAGUUUUGAUGCAAAAACAGUUGAUUUCAUGAAGCUGGCUGGAAUUAUAAAAGAUCUUAAUGAAGAUGUGCUGGCUGAAAUUAUAAUGGGGCUUAAUGAAGACGAGUUUUACUUUUUGCUCAAGUCAAGAAGGGAAGUUUCCGAUGCAGAUCCUCUAGCCACUAAUUCAACUCUACCUGAUGGUGACUUUUCAGAAGCAUUUCAGAGACUUAAAGAAGAAUUGUUCCUUUCAACUUUAAUGAAAAGUAUAUCUGACAUGCAGUUAGGUGAACACUUGGAGCUACAGCUGCAGGCUGACAAUGAACAUCCCCAGGUCAUUGAUGAAGUAUCUGAGCUCCGAGCUUCUCAUCUCGAAGUUAACGAGAAGAAUCAACUCCUCAUUGAAGAGCUUUCUAAUUGCCGUGCUGAACUGCAAGAUGUUUCCCAAAAGUGUGUUGAACUGCAAAACCAAUUUAAUGAUGCCAAGGGUGUGGUUGAAACUCUUUCUGCCAGAGUAGUUGAGCUGCAGAUUAGUUGUGAAGUCUCCCAAGAAGAUUCAUUGAAUCUGUCAGCAGAUUUGUCCGACGGUAGAAGCUUGAUCUCAUGCUUACAAUCUGAAAAGAAGGGUAUGAAUGAAAAUCUCGAGUUGGUGUCUUCUGAGAAAAUCAGACUUCCAAAUGAGAAGGAGGUUCAUCUAGGUGAAAGUAAGAGGCUGUCAACUGAAUUAUCUGACUUAAAGAGUUCCAUGGAAGUUAUAGAAGUUGGAAACGAAGUCUUUGAUGAUUUUCUUGGUUUUGUUUCGUUGAAGACUUGCUUGAAUGAGAUGGAGAAAAUUUUGGCGAAGCUUGAACAGGCAACUAAUGAGUUCCAUUUUCAAUCAGUCGGCAGGUCUGGUGAACAAGUUUCUCCAGCUGCAGUAUCAAAAACACAUGAAGAUGAACAUGAGGUGGAGGUAAGGGAUUCAAAUGAAGUUCAUUCGUCAUCAGAAUCAUUUAUUAUGUUUGCCAAAGAGGAAACUGGAAACAUGAGAAAAUUGCUUUCAGAGUGGAAGGGGCAUGUUCAGAGUGCAGAUGCGUUGUUCAAGGGGGAGCGUGAUGGUAGGAAAAGUGGUGAUGCAAAGAACCAUGAUCUCAAAGAUCAGUUCGAAGAAUUGAAACAACAUUGUUCAAAUUUGGAAGCAUCCAAUGUUGAACUUACAGUUCAAUGUGAAGUUGCAAAACAACUUCUGGGUGACUUUCAAGAAAAGAAAUGUCAUCUUGAGGAACUCUCUGAAGCUUUAAAACAAGAAGAUAUCCAACUCAAAGCCAAAAAUAACGAACUUUAUGAAAAACUUGGGCAGUUUCAGUCAAAAGUUAGUGAAUUAUAUACUGAAAUCUGUGAUGUGAAACAAAGUUCAAAUGAGAUGUCUUCUAUCAUUGGUGAUCAACUGGAAAAUUUGCAGAAGGAGUUGACUCAAAGAACUAUGGUGCUCGAGCAAGGCUGGAAUACUAUUAUGGCUGAUAUAUUUAAAUUAGUUAGCAAGCUGAAUGAAUCAGUUGGGGAAACAUCCUCAGUCGUCUCGUUUGAUGCUCAUGAUAACUUGGAUAUCAAUAAUCUGUUAGCAGUUUCUGUUAAUGCAGCCACUAAAAUGAUUUUUGAUCUUCGGAAGAAACUUGAAGCUACUUGUUCGGAACAUGAAACAAUCUGCUCAUCAUUUAAAGAGGUGAAUAUGAAAUGUGAGGAUAUGCUUGGACGGAAUGAAUUGGCCGUUGGUGUAUUGCACAAGAUAUACAAUGACCUGCGGAAACUUCUGCUCAGUCAUAGUGGAUCUAUGGGUGAAGAGAAGAUAGAUGUACAAAGUGAAGCACUGCCUGAUCUCCUUAACUAUGAUAGCUAUCAGAAUAUCAUGAGAUGUCUUGUGGAUAUAUUGACUGAAAAGCGGGAGCUCGAGUCUGUUAACAAUGAGAUGAAGUCAGAAAUGGAGGAACUGAAGAUUAAGUGUCUUGAUCUAGACUCUGUUAGCAAGUUAAUUGAAGAUCUUGCCGGCGCUCUGAAUAUAGAGCAUUCGCAGAUUGAAAGAAAUAAUACUCCUCUUUCAUGCUUGGAUUCAUUAGUGUCUAGCCUUCUACAGAAAACCAGAGAUGCUGAAAUCCAGUUACACAUGACUAAAGAAGGCUAUGGAUAUAGCGAGACUGAAUUGGCUGAAUUGAAGGACCAAAUGCAUUAUCUAGACACACUGCGUCUUGAGAAAGAAAAUGAAAUCCUUGUUCUUAAGGAAAUCUUACACCAAGCAGAGGAAGCUCUUACUGCUGCUCGUUCUGAAUUGCAUGAGAAAACAAACGAACUUGAAUAUUCAGAGCAAAAGGUGUCCUCCGUGCGGGAGAAACUUAGCAUUGCAGUUGCCAAGGGAAAAGGCUUGGUUGUCCAGCGGGAUGGCCUCAAGCAGUCUCUGGCUGAGACAUCUAGUGAACUGGAGAGAUGCAUGCAGGAGUUGCAAUUGAAAGAUGCUAGACUUCAUGAGGUUGAAACAAAGCUUAAGACCUACGCAGAGGCUGGUGAGCGCAUGGAAGCUAUGGAAUCUGAGCUUUCAUAUAUUCGUAAUUCAUCUAAUUCCUUGAGAGAGUCAUUUCUUCUUAAAGAUUCAAUGCUUCAGAGGAUAGAAGAGGUUUUGGAAGAACUAGAUCUCCCAGAGCAGUUUCAUUCAGGAGAUAUAAUUGAAAAGAUUGAUUGGUUGGCUAGGUCAGUUGCUAGUAACUCAUUGCCUAUGAAUGAUUGGGAGCAGAAGGAAUCUGCAGGAGGAGUUUCAUAUGCUGAUGCUGGUUAUGUUGCCAGAGAGUCCUUGGAAGAUGAUGGUCGGCUGCCACCAGAUUCAGGGGAUGAUUCCCGGAAAGAUGAUAGUCAGCUGCAAUCAGAUCCAGGGGAUGUACGGCAGCAACAAGAAGAGCUACAAGCCAGUCUUGUCCCACUAGAUGGAGAUGAUCUGAGAAAGAAAUUUGAGGAGUUACACAAGAAGUAUUUUGGUCUGGCUGAGCAAAAUGAAAUGCUGGAGCAGUCAUUGAUGGAAAGAAACAGCAUAGUUCAGAGAUGGGAAGAGCUUGUAGACAGGAUUGAUAUGCCUUCACAUUUACGGUCUGUGGAAAUGGAGGAUAGAAUUGAAUGGGUAGGACGAGCACUUGCUGAGGCUAAUCAUCAUGUUGAUUCUCUGCAGCUUAAGAUUGAAAAAUACGAAAGCUAUUGUGGAUUGCUAAAUUCUGAUCUUGAAGGGUCUCAAAGGACUGUGUCUGCUCUUCAGACAGACCUUAGAUCUCUUACAACUGAGAGAGAGCACCUUUCUGAAAAACUGGAAGUACUGAUGUUUGAAUGUGAGAAACUAUCUAUGGAGGUUGGGCAAGCUGAAUAUCAGAAUGAAGUGAUGCAUAAUGAAAUAUCUAGUUUGAAGGAUAUACUGGAAAAGAAAGAACUUGAGAAUGAAAAGUUGCAUAAUGAACUAGCUAGUUUGAAGGAUAUAUUGGAAAAGAAAGAUUCACUUGAAGAACAAGUAUUUGCCAUUGAUAGCAAGCUCAGAAAACUGCAUGACUUACUUGGUGAUGCGUUGCCAGAAUCUGAAAUGGAAAAUCUGGUUUCUGGAACUGCAAAUAUUGAUUCCUUGGAAGAACUGCUGAGAAAGCUUAUAGAAAAUCAAGCUAGUCUUCAAUCAAAGAAGGAUGCAAUUGAAGAACGAAUUUUCACCAUUGAUAGUAAGCUCCAAAAACUGCAUGACUUAGUUCGUGAUGUCUUGCCAGAAUCUGAAACACAAAAUCUGGUUUCUGGAAGUGCAAAUAUUGAUUCCUUGGAAGAAUUGCUGAGAAGGCUUGUAGAAAAUCAAGAAAGUCUUAAAUCAAAGAAAGAUGCAACUGAAGAACAAAUUUUCACCAUUGAUGGGAAGCUCAGAAAACUGCAUGACUUAGUUGGUGGUGUGUUGCCAGAAUCCGAAACCGAAAAUCUUGUUUCCGGAAGUUUAAGUAUUGAUUCCUUGGAAGCACUGCUGAGAAAGCUUAUAGAAAAUCAAGCUAGUCUUCAAUCAAAGAAGGAUGCAAUUGAAGAACAAAUUUUCAUCAUUGAUGGGAAGCUCAGGAAACUGCAUGACUUAGUUGGUGAUGCGCUUCCAGAAUCCGAAAAUGAAAAUCUUGUUUCCGGAAGUUUAAAUAUUGAUUCCUUGGAAGAACUGCUGAGAAGGCUUAUGGAAAAUCAAGCUAGUCUUCAAUCAAAGAAGGAUGCAAAUGAAGAACAAAUUUUCAUCAUUGGUGGGAAGCUCAGGACACUGCAUGACUUAGUUGGUGAUGCGCUGCCAGAAUCCGAAACUGAAAAUCUUGUUUCCGGAAGUGCAAAUAUUGAUUCCUUGGAAGAACUGCUGAGAAAGCUUAUAGAAAAUCAAGCAAGUAUUCAAUCAGAGAAAGGUGCAAUUGAAGAACAAAUUUUCACCACUGAUGGCAAGCUCAGGAAACUGCAUGACUUAAUUCGUGAUGUCUUGCCAGAAUCUGAAACACAAAAUCUGGUUUCUGGAAGUUCAAAUAUUGAUUCCUUGGAAGAAUUGCUGAGAAAGCUUGUAGAAAAUCAAGCAAGCCUUCAAUCAAAGAAAGAUGCAAUUGAAGAACAAAUUUUCAUCAUUGAUGGGAAGCUCAAAAAACUGCAUGAAUUAGUAGGUGAUGCGCUGCCAGAAUCCAAAACUGAAAAUCUUGUUUCCGGAAGUGCAAAUAUUGAUUCCUUGGAAGAACUGCUGAGAAAGCUUGUAGAAAAUCAAGCAAGCCUUCAAUCAAAGAAAGAUGCAAUUGAAGAACAAAUUUUCACCAUUGAUGGUAAGCUCCAAAAACUGCAUGACUUAGUUCGUGAUGUCUUGCCAGAAUCUGAAACACAAAAUCUGGUUUCUGGAAGUGCAAAUAUUGAUUCCUUGGAAGAAUUGCUAAGAAAGCUUGUAGAAAAUCAAGCAAGCCUUCAAUCAAAGAAAGAUGCAAUUGAAGAACAAAUUUUCACCAUUGAUGGGAAGCUCAAAAAACUGCAUGACUUAGUUGGUGAUGUGCUGCCAGAAUCUGAAACUGAAAUUCUGGUUUCUGGAAGUGCAAAUAUUGAUUCCUUGGAAGAACUGCUGAGAAAGCUUAUAGAAAAUCAAGCUAGUCUUCAAACAAAGAAGGAUGCAACUGAAGAACAAAUUUUCAUCAUUGAUGGGAAGCUCAGAAAACUGCAUGAAUUAGUAGGUGAUGCGCUGCCAGAAUCCGAAACUGAAAAUCUUGUUUCCGGAAGUGCAAAUAUUGAUUCCUUGGAAGAACUGCUGAGAAAGCUUGUAGAAAAUCAAGCAAGCCUUCAAUCAAAGAAAGAUGCAAUUGAAGAACAAAUUUACACCAUUGAUGGGAAGCUAAAAAAACUGCAUGACUUAGUUGGUGAUGUGCUGCCAGAAUCUGAAACUGAAAAUCUGGUUUCUGGAACUGCAAAUAUUGAUUCCUUGGAAGAACUGCUGAGAAAGCUUAUAGAAAAUCAAGCUAGUCUUCAAACAAAGAAGGAUGCAACUGAAGAACAAAUUUUCAUCAUUGAUGGGAAGCUCAGAAAACUGCAUGUAUUAGUAGGUGAUGCGCUGCCAGAAUCCGAAACUGAAAAUCUUGUUUCCGGAAGUGCAAAUAUUGAUUCCUUGGAAGAACUGCUGAGAAAGCUUAUAGAAAAUCAAGCAAGUAUUCAAUCAGAGAAAGGUGCAAUUGAAGAACAAAUUUUCACCACUAAUGGCAGGCUCAGGAAACUGCAUGACUUAGUUUUUGACGUCUUGCCAGAAUAUGAAACAGAAAAUCUGGUUUCCGGAAGUGCAAAUAUUGAUACCUUGGAAGAAUUGCUGAGAAAGCUUGUAGAAAAUCAAGCCAGCCUUCAAUCAAAGAAAGAUACAAUUGAAGAACAAAUUUUCACCAUUGAUGUCAAACUCAGGAAACUGCAUGAUUUAGUUGGUGAUGUGUUGCCAGAAUCUGAAACAGAAAAUCUGGUUUCCGGAAGUGCAAAUAUUGAUUCCUUGGAAGAACUGCUGAGAAAGCUUAUAGAAAAUCAAGCAAGUCUUCAAUCAAACAAACUGAUGCAUGUGGUUGAACUUGCUAGUGACAGUUCACAACAAGAUGGUGCCACUAUUCUGGAGGCAAGAAGUACAGAUAUGCAUGAUAAGGAGGAGGCAGAUAUUGAUAGAUAUAAGAAAGAUCUGGAGGAGGCUUUGAGUGAAUUGGAGCAUGCAAAGGAGGAGAGAGAGAAAACUUUGGAAAAGCAAAUGGCUUUAUCCAUUGAAGUUGAAGGUUUGAGCAAAAGAAUUGAGGAGUUGCAAUUGCUUCUUAAUCAGGAGGAGCAGAAGUCAGCUUCUGUUAGAGAAAAAUUAAACGUUGCUGUCAGGAAAGGGAAGUCUUUGGUCCAACACCGAGACAGUCUUAAACAAACAAUUGAAGAGAUGACUACUGAGAUUAUGCAGUUGAAAUCUGAGAUCAGUAAGAGGGAAGAUACUCUGGCUGAGCAUGCUCAGAAGUUAAGUCAUUUGUCAACUUACCCAAAUAGAUUGGAAGCUCUUGAAUCUGAGAUGAUACAUCUGAAGAACCACUUGGCAGAAUCUGAGCACCACUUGCAGGAGAAAGAAUAUUCUUUGAACCUGAUUUUGAACAAGUUAGGUGAGAUUGAGAUUGGUGGUGAGGGUUAUAUAAGUGAUCCAAUCAAGAAGUUGGAAUGCAUUGAGAAACUUUGCUCUGAUCUGCAUGGUACUGUUGCCUCUUUAGAACAAGAAUCCAGGAAAUCUAAAAGAGCAGCAGAGCUCCUGUUGGCAGAGUUGAAUGAGGUUCAGGAAAGAAAUGAUGCUUUUCAGGAGGAGCUCGCAAAGGCAGAUGCUGAGCUUGUGGAUCUCAGGAAAGAGAGGGAUUCAUUUGAGGCUGCCAAACUGGAAGCUCUUUCACAUCUUCAAAAGUUGUCAGCCUUGCAUGAGGAGGGAAAAAAGAACCAUUCUUCCGAGAUGACGGCAUUAAAAUCUAGCAUGAAUGAACUCUGCACAGGAUUUGGUGAGAUACAGCAUUCACUGGUUAGUGCGUUCUCCAUGGAUUUGGAAUCUUUUCAGAAUCUGGAGGCUGGUCUCAAGUCAUGCAUAAAAGGAAGCAAUGCUACAAAUAUGUUGGAUUCAUCUGUUGCCAAAACACAUAAUGGCAUGUCACCUUGGUCAUCUAUUACCAAGAAGAGCUCCUUGUCUUCAGAUUCUCGAUCUGAUUUUGACACAGUUGGAAAUUUCCAUCUUCUUCGGAGUCAACUGCAAGAGGUAUUGGUAGAGAUUGGUUCUCUUAAGGAAAGAAUAACUAUGCACUCAAGUUUGAUGCUGGAGCAAGACAAGAAUCUGUCUGAACUAAUGGCGAGUAUUGAAAAAGAAAUGACUAUCCAAAGAGAGUCUUGUGAAGCCAUGAAGCAAAAAGUUACUAAUCAAGAUGGGGAACUAGUUGCAUUACGUGGGAGCAUUGACUACCUUUGUGAAGCAUGUAUCAGCUCGGUCAAUGAAAUUGAAAAUGGAAAAGCUGAACUGGUUGGAAAUAAGGUUGAAUCAGAUCCAGGGAUUAACUUGAUGCUGACAUCAUUCGGCGAUGGAACAUCUGAAGAACGCAUCAGAACCCUCGUAGAUAGAUUGCUGAUGGCUGCAAAAAGUGUUGCUACUAUAAGAACUGGAUUUUCAGAUGCUAAUCAUAGUGAAAUGAAGGCUACUAUAACAAAUUUACAGCUAGAGCUUCAGGAGAAGGAUGUCCAAAGAGAGAGGAUUUGCUCAGAGCUGGUAAAGCAGAUCAAGGAUGCUGAAGCUUCUGCAAACAGUUACUCUCAAGAUCUUCAAUCUCUUAAGAUUCAAGAGCACAAUCUUAAGAAACAGGUGGAAGUAAUUGAGGCAGAAAGGAAGAUACUGGAAGAGAGAGUAAAUGAGCUGCAGGAAAAGCAACGAAUUGCAGCUGAAUUGGAGGAGAGAACCAAAUCUCAGACUGAUUUGCUGGCCGCCAAAGACCAAGAAAUCGAAUCACUCAUGCAUGCACUUGAUGAGGAAGAGAUGCAAAUGGAAGAGCUGACAAAUAAGAUUGUGGAACUUGAGAAGGUUGUUCAGCAGAAGACUCAGGAGAUUGAAAGUCUUGACUCCUCUCGUGGUAAGGUUAUGAAAAAGCUUGCUGUAACUGUAGGUAAGUUUGAUGAGCUUCACCACCUGUCUGCAAGUCUCCUUUCGGAGGUUGAAAGGCUUCAGUCCCAAUUGCAAGAAAGAGACGGUGAAAUUUCUUUCUUAAGACAAGAGGUUACAAGAUGCACGAAUGAUGUUCUUCUUGCAACACAAAUGAGUAACAAGGCAGGUUCAGACGAGAUCUUUGAGCUUUUGAUGUGGGUUGACACAAUGAUAUCUCAAGAGGGGAUGGAUGAUAUACUUCCCGACCUCAAAAGCAAUAGUCAAGUUCAUGAAUACAAAGAAAUACUUCAGAAGAAACUGAUGUCUGUAUUAUCGGAAUUGGAGAAUCUAAAGGCUGUUGCUGAAAAUAAGGAUGCAAUGUUGCAAGAAGAAAAGAGUAAGGUAGAAAAGUUGAACCACAAAGCAGAAACUCUUGAGAAGUCCUUGCAUGAGAAAGAAAUGCAGUUGAAUUUGCUUGAAGGUGUUGAAGAAAAUGGGAAGGGAGCUAGCACGAGCUCAGAAAUUUUGGAAGUUGAACCAGUGGUGAACGAGUGGAGAACAACAGGGCCUUUUGUAACACCUCAAGUCCGCAGUUUGCGCAAGGGCAAUAAUGAUUAUGUUGCCAUUGCUGUAGAUGAAGACCCUGUUAGUACUAGUAGGAUAGAAGAUGAAGAGGACGACAAAGUCCAUGGUUUCAAAUCACUUAGUUCUUCAAAAAUAGUCCCGAGAUUUACUAGACCUGUGACAGACUUGAUCGAUGGCUUGUGGGUUUCAUGUGAUCGAACUCUUAUGAGACGGCCAAUAUUGCGGCUCGGCAUUAUAAUUUAUUGGGCCAUAGUGCACGCACUUCUUGCCUUCUUCGUAGUUUGAGGGCCUUCAUUUGGCACCGAGUCAGGUGUUGGCUUUGUAGAAUUAGUUGUGGCACUCCCAAAUCCUGAGGAGCACAGGAAGUGCUGAUAGUGGGGGUGGUUGAUUGAUUGAAAUUAUAGUUUGAAACAAAUUACUUUAGUUGUACAGUGUCUUCCUUUCACCUUAUUCUUGAUAUAAUAAUAAAGUGAAAGAUGCUACUGCCAGAAAGAACAUGCAGCUUUAGAAGAAAAUGAUAGCAGAUUGCUCAAAUAUUUGAAGAGCCUGUUACAAUAAAACCUUGGUGGUUUUACCAGAUCCUGAUGCCAUUUUACCUUUAGCAAGAUCACAACACUUUUCUGGAGGGGUUGCUACUGUACCUUAAAUAUUGAACAUUUUUAGAAAGUAGGAUACAUGAACAGAUAGUUAUAGAGAAACAUAAUUCUUUUGUACCUUGAUUUUUUAUAUCUUGCAUUUUGUGAUGACUCGGUCAACCAUAAUAUGCUUUUGCUUCUGUAUUUAGCGGAA